AUUAAUUGUAUAAAAAUUGAAUAAAUUAUAAAACAUAUUCUAUAGUUCCUACCGUUCUGUAUAUAUUUUAAGAUAGAUAAAAAAAUCAAUUCAAAAUGAACUACACUCCCCGGUCUCUUAAGCUACUUGAAAUGCCCUACCUUUGCAAAAAACUAGGCAUCAACACAACAGAUUAUGAGAAAACAACCGGCUCGAUCAACUAUGGGUACAACAGUAAGGUGUUGGUGGGUAACUGGGAAGCAGAGCGAUUAGGCCCAGGCCACUUGGGGGAAGGGGGAACGAUGGUUUUCGAAACAACUUACAACAAGGACUACAGAUGCCUAAAAGGUGAUCAGAACUCUCAGGACUUGUGGACCAACCGAAUACGUAACAUGGGCACAAUGGAUACACAAGAUGGAGAAAAUAGUAUGGUGACCAUAUACGACCUUGCAUUUCGUUGUAGAGUUAGAGACUUUGUAUCUGGGGACUAUGGUAAUAUCACCGGGUAUGGCAAGAAAGAGUGUCUACGUCAUUACUGGGACGCAACCCUAAACAAGGAGAAAAGUUGUCGGUUCAAUACUGAAUACAGAGAAGCUUUCUCCUAAAAAUUCUGUUUCGUAAUAUGAA